AUGAAAAUAUCUCAGAAUAAAACAUCCUUACUUUCAAAACCUACUAAGAAUUACAGUUAUCAUUCAAAUAAUACAAAAAAUAUCUUUGAAAGUAAUUAUUUUCUAUAAUACUUAGCAAGUGUUCCUCCUGAUUUACAUUAAAAAUUUGGUCCUUAAUUUAAUGAAAAAGGAUUAAUGAAACAUUCAAUCAUAGGAAAGCCUGAAUGGUUUCUGAAAGUUGCUAAAUAAAGAGACUCAUAAUUGAGGUUUAUAAAUGAUGAUGAUUCAUUAUUACAUUAACGAAAAGUAUUUCAUAAAUAAAGAAGUAUUGAAAAUUAAUAUUUCAAAGCAACUAACUAAAAUGACUCUAUAAGUAAUGUAUCAUCUUCUUUAAGAACACGCAAAUUUUCAGACUAUAAAGAAAAAAUAUCAGAUAGCACUAAUAUAUGCAAUGUUAAUCCAAUUAAUUUUGAUGUUGUUGAAUAAUUUAAUCUUAUAUAAUAAAUGAAGAAAAUUGGAGAUUAAAUCAAAGUAAACACUAAAUAUAAUAGAAAAUUAAUUUAUUUUAUUAUUUCUAAGAACAUAUAUAAUUUUGUAUCAAUAUUCAUAAAAAAUUUAAACUAAUAAUUUGUGUUUGUUUUAACAAUAAUAAGAAUAAAUCAUUAAAAAUUUGAGUAUAUAAAAAAAGAUUUAAGAAAUGAAAAAUUAGAAUGCUAUGAAUCAAUAUCAUAAAUAUAACAUAUAAUGGUAAGAAUUUAAUGAAAAAUUAAAAAGUAAAAUUGCUUAAAGAACUAAAUAAACAACUCUUCUUGACUAAUAGUAAUGUAAUUCUAUAUUCUAUUGAUAGAUUACUCUACAAAAGUUGAAACUUUAAAUAUGCUAUAAUCUAUUUAAAAUCAAUUAACAGAUGAUGAAGAAGAAUAAAAAAAGAAACUAAAUCCUCUUGGAAAUCUAUUUCUGAAAUAAAGAAAAAUUUUAAAAUUAAAAACAGAGCCUUAAUCUAUUAAAAAUAUGGUACAUAAUCUAAUUGCUAAAGAAAAACUUUUUUAUAUGCCAAAUUCUCAAAAGUUAAAAACAAGUAUUUUAAGUAAUGAGCCUUUAACAAGAGAUAGAUGUAAAUCUGAAUUUGAUGAAUUGAAUGUAUAAACAAUAAAUUUAAUCAAGGUAUCUGGAGCAAGUGUUUAUGAUAAAGAAUUAUAAUCAAUUAAAUAAAUGCCUGAUAGGUAAAAUUAAAGAUACAAAUUAUUUAAACAUAAACAAAUUGAAAAGAGUUCUGAAUUAUGA